GAGUGGAAGCGAGGGGGGGAAUCUGCAACAGUGUGCUCAAAGUACACUGGCAAAGCAGCUGCCAUCUCUGAAAAACAACAACAACAACGAAGAAGCAGCUUCUAAUGGUAGAUUUAGACGUUUGCUGUUAGGUAGAGGCAUUUAGGAUUCUGAUUCUCAGGACUCAAAGGGCACUUGCUGCCUUGAGAGUGGGGGUGUUCGAGCAAACUGACCUCCGGGGUUAUCCAGAUUUCAGUUUGUGUGGAGCUCUGUGGAGGAGGGGAGGAGGGAAGAGGCAGCAGUUGGUGGGAGGUGGGAGGCCACGGUGGGGCUCCUGCACUGCUCAAGAAGGAGACGAGGCAGUUCGCCGGGAAGCAGGGGGGAAUAGAGGAGGAUUAUGGCCACGGGAGAAAUCACAACGCUUCCCUCCACACCUGACGACGGAGGCAGCGGCGCUUUCCCUCCCGGGGGCUUCAAGGAUCCCAAAAGGCUGUACUGUAAAAACGGGGGCUUCUUCUUGAGGAUAAAGUCAGACGGGGGUGUUGAUGGAAUCCGGGAGAAGAGCGACCCCCACAUAAAGCUUCAGCUCCAGGCGACAUCGGUGGGGGAGGUGGUCAUCAAAGGAGUCUGUGCUAAUCGCUAUCUGGCCAUGAACAGAGACGGGCGGCUGUUUGGAGCGAGACGAGCGACCGAUGAAUGCUACUUCCUCGAGCGUCUCGAGAGCAACAACUACAACACCUACCGCUCCAGGAAGUACCCAAACAUGUACGUGGCACUGAAGCGGACUGGCCAGUACAAGUCGGGAAGCAAAACUGGACCGGGUCAAAAGGCCAUUCUCUUUCUCCCGAUGUCUUCCAAGUUGUAAACUGAU